CAAGAGCUGGGCGUUUGACACUCUUAAGCGAUCCUGGACGAACACUUAUAACUAACGCAGUCAUCGGCAUCAGACCAAGCGGCGUUCAAUCAACAGCCAAUCAACGUGCGCUUCCACGCUGAUAUAAAAGCCGCGUCCGCCGCGCCGCGCUCCGAAAUGUGAAUGAGCAACUCGCAGUCUCCGUCGGGCGCGCGGAUGGCGCGGACGAUUUUACGCGCUCAUUGUCAAGCAUAAUUGCUUGUUGACAGAGGAAAAGCACAAUGCAGUCCUCUUUAUUGUCCGUGGCACACUCUCCCGGGAUACCUACAGCUGUUUCAUUGAUGUGGAAAUCAGGAAACCCGCAGUCGUCCAACUGGACUGGGAUGGAGAGAGAAAACGCGACGAGUCUCGGAGAAUUGGACACCUUUGAGAACCGGCGCGCGCAGUACGGCCAGUUUUCUCCAUCCACCUCCAUAUUCCUGACGGUGCUCAUGACACUGCUGGUGUUCGCCACCGUCCUUGGGAACGCGCUGGUCAUUUUAGCCUUUGUGGUGGAGAAAAGUUUACGCACACAAGGCAACUUUUUCUUUUUGAAUUUGGCUAUAGCAGACUUUCUUGUCGGCGGGUUUUGCAUCCCCGUGUAUAUCCCGUACGUCCUGACGGGUGAGUGGAGACUGGGCAGAGGGCUGUGCAAACUGUGGCUGGUGGUGGAUUAUAUGUUGUGCACCGCGUCAGUCUUCAACAUCGUGCUCAUCAGUUUCGACAGGUUCCAGUCCGUCACGAAAGCGGUGAGCUACCGCUGUCAGAAGGGGAUCACCAGGGAUGCUGUUCUGAAGAUGCUGUGCGUGUGGCUGGCUGCUUUCCUCCUUUAUGGCCCCGCUAUUAUCAGCUGGGAACACAUCGCAGGAGGAAGCGUAGUGCCAGAUGGAGAGUGCUAUGCCGAAUUUUACUUCAACUGGUAUUUUCUGAUGACUGCCUCCACUGUGGAGUUCUUCACGCCAUUCAUAAGCGUCACUUACUUCAACCUCAGCAUUUACAUCAACAUCCGCAACAGGUGCGCCAUGAGGGAGGAACAGCCCACUUACGUUCGGCUCAGGAGCUUCAAGAUGAAGCCACUCGGCGCUGGCGAUGUUCAGCGUGUGUUUUUUGUGAGGCCUGUUGAGGAAAGCAGGGUCGCAGACUUGGCCUCGAGGUCACGGUGCUGCCGAUUGGCUUCAACUGCAAAAGUGUCCGCCGCAGAGUUCGGCAAUGGCAGACAGUCCAAACGAAGAGACAGCACUCUCGCAGACUUGCCUCCUCUGCAGGUGGAAGAGCGGAUUCUGGCGGCCAGCGAGGCUCAGUUUCAUUACGUGGAUCACUCGGCUGGACCACACAGAAACCGUCCGGACGUGGUGGCCAGUCUAGCCAGCCGUUUCCGCCUUUCCAGAGAUAAAAAGGUGGCCAAGUCUCUUGCGGUGAUAGUUUGUGUUUUUGGACUCUGUUGGGCGCCCUACACACUGCUGAUGAUCAUUCGGGCUGCGUGUCAUGGUCAGUGCGUCCAGCAUUACCUUUAUGAGAUCUCAUUCUGGCUGCUGUGGAUCAACUCGUCCAUCAAUCCAAUCCUGUAUCCCCUGUGUCACAGCAGCUUCAAAAGAGCCUUCAGCAAAUUACUGUGUCCAGGCAAGACAAAAAUACAACCUCAGAACAUUGACCAGAAGUAUUAGAUUGAGGAGGAUGAGCACAUCCACUUUUUUCUUCUUCCCUUUUUAAUGUCAUUGUAAUUAGAUCUACUGAAGAGUAGCACAUGUUCAUUGUGUUCAUUGUCAGACCUUGUAUUUGUUAAAUUUUUCCUAUGUGUAAUCAUGGCUAUACACUACCUGACAAAAGUCUUGUCAUCGAUCCCAGGUGUAAGAGCAACAAAUAAUAACUUGACUUCUAGUUGUGUCAGAAGGUAGAUGUUUCAGAUGAAUCAUCUGUUGAACUGCCUCCUAAUCAUCACAAAUACUGCAGAAGAACUAUUGGAACCUGCAUGGACUCAAGAUUCUUACAGAAAUCAGUCAAGUUUGGUCAAGGUAAAAUCAUGGUUUGGGGUUACAUUCAGUGUGGGGGCGUGGGAGAGAUCUGCAGAGUGGAUGGCAACAUCAACAGCCUGAAGUGUCAAGACAUUUGUGCUGCCCUUUACAUUACAAACCACAGGAGAGGGCAAACUCUUCAGCAGGAUAGCGCUACUUUUCAUACUUCAGCCUCCACAUCAAAGUUCCUGAAAGCAAAGAAGGUCAAGGUGCUCCAGGAUUGACCAGCCCAGUCACCAGAUAUGAACAUUAUUG